UCUGCUUAAAAGUUAAACACAACGUGCGGAAACACGAACAAUUCUAGUCACGCGUAUUGGGCGCUCGACCAACAACACUUUAACGCUCCACCCGCAUAGCCAAUUCCACAGUGGCAAACCAAACAACAAAUACAAAAUAAACGCAAAGAAAUACAACAACAACGCGCCACACAAUGGAUGAACUGAAUUGUAUACUGCAAAAAACCAAAGAUAAAUCUACGCAAAAGGAACAGGACGAGAUUCUGCUACAGCCCUUUACGUACAUACAACAAAUUCCUGGCAAACAGUUUCGCUCCGAAUUGGCCUUGGCCUUCAAUCACUGGUUGCUCAUACCGGCCGAAAAGUUGACGCAGAUUGGCGAGAUUGUACAAAUGCUGCAUAAUUCCAGUUUGCUCAUUGAUGAUAUUGAAGACAAUUCGAUUCUUCGCAGAGGUGUGCCCGUGGCGCAUUCCAUUUACGGCGUGGCCAGCACCAUCAAUGCGGCCAACUAUACAUUGUUCCUGGCCCUCGAGAAGGUACAGCAAUUGGGACAUCCAGAGGCAACCAAAGUGUAUACGGAACAGUUGUUGGAGCUGCAUCGUGGCCAAGGAAUGGAGAUAUAUUGGCGCGAUAGUUUUACAUGUCCCUCCGAAUCAGAUUAUAAAUUGAUGACCGUACGGAAGACUGGCGGCCUGUUUAUGCUGGCCAUACGACUUAUGCAGCUGUUUAGUGCCAACAAUGAGGAUUAUUCAAAGUUAACAGCCAUUUUGGGCCUAUAUUUUCAAAUACGCGACGACUAUUGCAACUUGAGCUUGAAGGAAUAUACGGAGAACAAGAGUUUUGCGGAGGAUCUCACGGAGGGCAAGUUUGGAUUUCCAGUUAUACACGCAGUGCGUACACAGAAACAGGACAAACAGGUUUUGCACAUAUUGCGACAGCGCACGCACGACAUUGAGGUCAAGAAGUACUGCAUCAGCUUACUGGAAAAACUGGGCAGCUUUCAAUACACACGCAAAGUGCUUGAAACGCUUGACGUGGAGGCGCGUGCCGAGGUGACGCGUCUGGGCGGUAAUCCCUAUAUGGAUAGGCUACUCAAUAAGCUGUUGUCCUGGCAGAAUAACGAUAGCGCCAGCAUCACUCAAUCGAACCAAAUCAAUCACAACAAUGUCACACGCAGUCCCAACCAGAAUACCCUCAAUUGUAAUUAACAGCCAAAGAGGCAGAAGAGGGAGCAAUCGUGAAUUGCAAACGGCAGAGUUAAAGCCUCCUCUUUUGCUGCUAAUCCAAAAGCACCGCAACAGCAACAACCACAGCAACAGGCACAGCAACAGGCACAACAGCAAGCAGCCUGCAUGAGUGCGCCCUUGUUGCGAUUCCUACAAAAAUUGAAAAUCUUCUAAGGUUUUAGUUUGCCCCUUGUUUCAACUUUGUCUCCCAAAGCUGCUACAAAGCAAACGGUUCGUUUUUGUUAUUCUUAAAUACAACUAAUGAAAUGAUUUUAAACCAACAUAGCAGCAGCCUUACAACAAAUGGUUAAGCCAAAAGUUAAUUGAUAAGCAAAGCUUAUGAAGAGCUAUCAAAGAGCUGUAGCACAGCUUCCCAAGAAUUUCUUAAUGUUUAGUUGAUUUUUUUUAGUCACAUGUGUUAUACACUAUUGGUUGCUAAGGAUUUUUAGUUGGUACUAGUAUGUAAUUAUGUGAGGUUCCUUCAUUUUGACUGUUGUAUUUCUAAAUGUAUUUUGUAUGUACGAAGUAAUUUUUCAAAAAAUUUCUAAAUGUAUUAUUCAAUUUGUAUCUAAACACAAACUCGAAACUUAUUGUGCACUUCCUAUAUUGUCGUUGUUCCAUUUUACAUUUGUUAAAAAUGUUAAAAAAAAAAAAAACAAAAAUUACACAAAAA